AUGCCAUUAUAUGCAAAGUUUCUUAAAGAAUUGAUCACAAAGAAGAGGAGUUGGCAGGAGAAAGAAACAGUGGUACUUACUCAAGAGUGCAGUGCCAUUAUUCAAAAGGGACUUGCACCAAAGCUCAAAGAUUCAGGCAGCUUCUUUAUACCAUGCACGAUUGGGAACAUGGCUAUUGAUAAAUCGUUUUGUGACCUGAGAGCAAGCAUUAAUUUAAUGCCUCUUUCCAUGAUGAAGCAAUUAAUGAUAGAAGAGAUUAAGCCUAAGAGGAUGUCAUUACAACUUGCUGAUAGAUCCCUCAAAAUACCAAAUGGAGUAGUGGAGAAUCUCUUAGUGAAAGUUGGAAAUUUUAUAUUCCCCGCCGAUUUUGUAGUUUUGGACAUGGAUGAGGAAGGGAGUAACUCAAUCAUCCUUGGUAGAACUUUUCUGGCCACUGCUAGAACAAUCAUUGACGUGGAAAAAGGUGAGAUGAUCUUCAGGGUGCAUGAUGAACAGAUGAUUAUAAAUGUUUUCAAGGCGAUGCAAUACUCUGCUGAGAAAGAGAAUUGCAUGAGAAUUGAUGUGGUGGACACCCUAGUUGAAGAAGUAUUUGAAGCAAACCAUCAAAUGAACUAG